CCAAGAAGCAACCUAAGUUCCUGUCAUCUCUUUCAAAAGAAACCUGUUCCCAAGGAAACUCAGAAUGGCUUGCUGGUCAUCCGAAAACGCCACAAAAGCAUACCUCAGGGCCUUGAAAAUGGGGAAGAGAGGGAAAGAGCCUGAUUCGGCAGAGUUCAUAUCUGCGCUCGCGGCGGGAAACAAUGCGCGGCUCAUGGUGAUGGUGCCGUCUCCCCACGGCGCCGUCGAGGAUGCCUCCAUGACGCUGGCGCUUGUCGCAGCCGCGCACCAGACGGGCGGGCGGGUCGUCCACGUCUCGCCCGGGCUGGACGAGUCGAGGGCCUCUAGGGACGCGCUCGGGCCUCACGCCCGGCGCGUCGAGUUCUUGGUGGGGAAACCGAGGACCCUUUUGUUGGACGAGCUCAGAGGCGCGGAUUUCGUGCUCCUGGAUUGCAGAGGCGACGACCCGCGCGGGGUGUUCGAGGCGGCGCGGGAAGGCGGAGAGGGCGAUGGCGGAGGGAUCAUUGUGGGGUACAAUGCCCUUCACAAGGGCACAUUGUGGAGAGGAUUGAGAGCUCACUUUUUGCCAAUAGGGGAGGGACUUAUGUUGACUAGGAUUGUGAAAGAUGCUAAUAUCGGCGGCGGUAGCGGGUGCAGGAAGAAGAGCAGGUGGGUAGUCACGGUGGACGACUGCACCGGCGAAGAGCAUGUUUUCAGGAUCGUUUCGCCGCAGAGGAAAGUGAUUGAAGCUUGAGGACGAGAUUCAUUUGGUUUUGGGAUCUGCCAAAGAAACAGAGAGGACCAAGACUUCUACUGGAUCUGUAUCUGGUCAUCCACACUUAACUCCUAAAAUUUUGCGAAUGUAAAUAGCGAUUAAUUGUAUACGUAAUGACAAUCUACGG